GGUUUAAGCAAAAACCCUCCGAGUUCAUGCCCAAAUGCCCAUUCCCAUUCCGUAUCAGCUACUUCCUCAACGAAAGUCGAAUCCUUUCGAGCAACCCAGUUAAGCGCUCUAUCCAUCUUCGCUUUUCUUCUUCUGUUUCAGUUUCUCCGAAGCCAUCCAUGGAAGCCGAGCAACACCAGGAGAAUCCAUUGGAGGCUCCAAUCUCGGAGAAGAUGUUCAAAUCGGCUCCCAAAAUGGGUUCUUUCAAGCUGGGUGAUUCCACUUUGUCUUCGAUGAUUGAGAAUUACGCCAAUUCGGGUGAUUUUGCGUCGGUCGAGAAGCUUUUGAGCCGAAUUAGAUUAGAGAAGAGAAUGAUUAAAGAGCAUAGCUUUAUUGUUGUAUUUAGGGCUUACGGGAAAGCACAUUUGCCUGAGAAAGCUGUAGAAUUGUUUCACAGGAUGGUCGAUGAGUUUCAGUGUAAACGUACAGUCAAGUCCUUCAACUCUGUGCUGAACGUGAUUACAAAAGAGGGUCUUUAUCACCGAGGGUUGGAGUUUUAUGAUUAUGUUGUGAACUCGAACAUGAACAUGAACAUUCAUCCUAAUGGCCUGAGCUAUAACCUGGUCAUUAAGGCUCUCUGCAAGCUGGGAUUUGUGGACCGAGCUAUCGAGGUCUUCAGGGAAAUGCCUGAGAGAAAGUGUUUGCCUGAUGGGUAUACUUAUUGUACAUUGAUGGAUGGGUUGUGUAAGGAGGAAAGGAUCGAUGAAGCGGUUCUACUGUUGGACGAGAUGCAGAGCGAGGGAUGCUCACCGAGCCCUGUUACGUAUAACGUGUUGAUUGAUGGGUUGUGCAAGAAAGGCGAUUUGACUCGAGUGACGAAGCUUGUGGAUAAUAUGUUUCUUAAAGGGUGUGUCCCUAACGAGGUGACUUAUAAUACGCUUAUCCACGGUCUAUGUCUCAAGGGUAAGUUGGAUAAAGCUGUUAGCCUCUUAGAGCGGAUGGUGUCGAGCAAAUGCGUACCAAACGAUGUCACGUAUGGAACGCUGAUCAAUGGGUUGGUUAAGCAGAGACGAGCAAUGGACGCGGCUAGGUUGCUGAUCUCUAUGGAAGAAAGAGGGUAUUGUUUGAAUCAGCAUGUUUAUUCGGUUCUUAUAAGCGGAUUGUUUAAAGAGGGGAAAGCUGAGGAAGCUAUGAACUUGUGGAAGAAAAUGGCUGAGAAAUGUUGUAAACCCAACAUUGUUGUGUACAGUGCUCUUGUUGAUGGUUUAUGCCGCGAAGGGAAACCAGAGGAAGCUAAAGGAAUACUAAACGGAAUGAUAAGUAAUGGAUGUUUGCCCAAUGUGUAUACGUACAGCUCUCUGAUGAGAGGCUUCUUCAGAGCUGGUCUUAGUGAAGAAGCGAUUCAAGUGUGGAGAGAGAUGGAUGAAACAGAAUGCGCUCGGAAUGAGGUUUGUUAUAGUGUUGUAAUCGAUGGUCUUUGUGGGGUUGGGAGAGUUAAGGAGGCUAUGAUGAUUUGGUCAAACAUGCUCACUAUUGGGAUCAAACCUGAUACGGUAGUUUAUAGUUCAAUGAUCAAAGGUCUUUGUGGUAUCGGAUCAAUGGAUGCGGCACUAAGUCUUUACCAUGAGAUGCUGUGCCAAGAGGAACCUAAGUCACAGCCUGAUGUUGUUACUUACAAUAUACUUCUUGGUGGUUUAUGUAACCAGAAAGAUGUCUCUAAAGCAGUUGAUCUCUUGAACUGUAUGUUGGAUAGAGGUUGUGAUCCGGAUGUCAUUACCUGUAACACGUUCUUGAAGACUUUGAGCGAGAAGUCAGAUUCCUGUGAAGAAGGGAGGAGUUUUCUUGAGGAGCUUAUUGUGAGGCUCUUAAAGCGUCAGAGAGUAUCAGGCGCGUGUAAGAUUGUGGAAGUGAUGCUGAGUAAGUAUCUGACACCAAAGGCUUCCACUUGGGCGAUGAUUGUUCCGGAGAUUUGUAAAUCGAAGAAGAUCAAUGCCGCCAUUGAUAAAUGCUGGAGGAACUUAUCGCACGCAGGCUCCUCAAAAGCCUCCUCUAUGCUUCUGGAGAUAUGGAAUACCAGAAAGGCUCGAGAAAAACAGCUUAAACCAAAAGGAAAAGGAUCUUUGAAGUCUGAUUGGUCUCUCCAUGGUUCAAAUUUUCGUGCAACUAGAGAAAGAGAAAAGCCUGAAUACUGAUCGGCGGAUGCUUUUCGAUAAGUGAAGCCUUAAAGACUAUUAUCUGAUGCUCUCUGGGAUUCUUGUGCCGUGCUUCAGUUACUGUUCUGGUUUUGGAUUUAGUUGGCUUUUCCUUUUCCUUUUGCACUUGCACCAUAUAUAUACUUGAAACCCAAUUUGUAGAACAAAGGAGGCAUUUGUGUAAGAAUUUUGGAACGUGUAAAGCAGAGAAGUUUUAAUAUCAGAGGAAACUCUAGAGGAAAGUCCAGAUAUAUAUGCAUCGUUCUUGCUAAUUUGAUAAUUUAAUCUAAGAUUUAUGUGGAAAAAAAAAUUGGUGACUGUGAUGAUCUUUUG